AUGAUCUGGCUCUACCUGCUCUUCUUACUGCAUGUUGUGGGAGCUGAAUCCUUGGCUGGUAGAAUGUGCAUGACGGUCGAGCUUUACCGGACAGCGCCCAAUUCGAGCCAGUUUUAUGAGUGCGCACCGUUUGCCAAGGAGGAGGUCAUCGAAUACAAGCUGGCAGAUAAAUACCUCGGUGUAUGGAAUCUCCGAGAUUGCCCGGAAAAUUUCGACUUCAAUGUAGAAAAGCAGAAAUGUGUCGAACGAAAAACUAUGCGACGUCAGCAAGCGGCUUGUGCAAAGAAUCCUACAAGUAGUGGAUGUCAAGCGCCCUGUACAGGUGCUGUGUCUACUCCCACUAUUGGCUCGCCUUGCGACUGGAAGGGAGCAAUCCUGCAUCCAGAUCCACAGAGUAAAGCUUAUUUCAUCCAGUGCAGUCCACACACAUCAGGAGCUUCAUGUGGAGAGUGGACACGCAUUGCAUGCGCACCCAAGACGGCCUUCUCUCGAUCAAGCGGAAUAUGUGUCUCAAUCAUUGUUCAGACAACAGCCUGUGACGCGCAGCAGGAUCCCGUCUGUAGCUGUGCGCGAAACACUGGAGCUACGAGGUGCCCUGGAACAAGUAUAUGUAAUAAGAAUGUAUGUUGUCAGCCUCGUGAAGUACCGAAUGCCUUUAUCCAGCAUGAGGCCCCAUACUCUCUUGUCCCAGGAACUGGGUGCUGCCCUGCGACUGUGAGAGAGCAGCCAGCAGUACAAAUAGCUCUAUGCCCUGGUUCAUUCUCACCCCCGCUAGGAGCUUGUGGAUCUUGCCCAUCAGGAACAUCAUGUAACAUGGCUAUAAACGCGUGUUGUCCGUCAUCCACCAAACUUUCUGUAGACUUGAUCAACGAUGUGGUGAUGCUGUGUCCAAGCGGUGUGCCACCGUUACAACCUUGUGCGCGGGGAUGUCCGCCAAAUCAUGGCUGCUUUCAAGGAGCGUGCUGUCCAAUGAAUUGUCCAGUUGGGCAGACUCCACUCGGUUUUUGCUCCUCCGGUGUAUGCCCACUUGGCGCAGCAUGUUACCAGCCUGGCGGCAGCUGUUGCCAGGAAGUUGUGAAGCUUCCUGUAUGUGCAAAUGGACAGCAAUCGCAACGAAGGUGUUCCAUUGACCCAGAAUGCGGUCCACGAAUGGAGUGUUCAAAUGGCGGAUGCUGCCCGAUGCCGUUUUGUCCCACGGGUAUUCAGGUGAAAGGAGAGGAGAGGAGCAGAGGAAGUAAAAGAAGCGAGUUGUGUCAAUCUUAUUUUCCGCGUUCACGAGUCUUUGCUGGUCUAAAGGCUGAAUUCAAUGUCAAAGAAAUUGGCCGUAUUGAGGAAAGAUAA